CAACAUCACCAUCCUGUUCCUGGUCCUCCUUGUGUCACCACGUGGCCAUCACCCACGAGGCAGACAAAGCCAUCACCAUCAAAAUCAGGAAUUCCUCCAUGGGACUGAAGGAAGCACAGAGCCAGGUCAGAGGCAGUCAGCUGCUUCGCUUACUUCAAUGAAUGUUUUGUCAUCACUCUGCAAAGGAGGGUUUGAACAUGGGCACCCAGCCACACACUGCAGCCAAGGCAGAGAUCCCUGACCAUGUCCUCUACACCGUGGGAACUUGUGUGCUCAUUAUUGGCUCCAUUGGCAUCAUUGGAAAUCUCCUGGUCCUCUAUGCAUUUUACAGCAACAAGAAGCUGAGGACACCCCAAAACUACUUCAUCAUGAACUUAGCUGUGAGUGACUUGCUGAUGUCAGCUUCUCAGGCACCCAUCUGCUUUAUCAACAGCUUGCACAGGCGAUGGAUACUCGGAAACAUAGGCUGUAACCUGUAUGCUUUCUGUGGGGCACUCUUUGGCAUCACCUCCAUGAUGACUCUCUUGGCUAUCUCUCUGGACCGUUACCUGGUGAUCACCAACCCUCUGCAAUCCAUGCAGUGGACUUCAAAGAGAAGAACCUUGCAGGUCAUCGCUCUCGUCUGGCUCUACUCGCUGGGAUGGAGCGUGGCUCCACUCUUGGGCUGGAGUUCCUAUGUGCCUGAGGGCCUGAUGAUAUCCUGUACAUGGGACUAUGUGACCUACUCCCCUGCAAACAGAAGCUACACCAUGAUUUUAUGCUGCUGUGUGUUUUUUAUCCCCCUGAUUAUAAUAUUCCAUUGCUAUUUAUUUAUGUUCCUGGCCAUAAGACGCACUGGCAGAGAUGUUCAGAGGCUGGGCUCCUGCAGCAGGAGAUCCUACCUCUCUCAGUCCAUGAAGAACGAAUGGAAACUGGCAAAAGUGGCUUUCGUGGUCAUCGUUGUCUACGUCUUGUCCUGGUCUCCCUAUGCCUGUGUCACCUUGAUUGCUUGGGCAGGCCGAGGCCACACCCUGACACCGUACUCCAAGUCUGUGCCAGCAGUCAUUGCCAAGGCCUCUGCCAUCUACAACCCCAUCAUAUAUGCCAUCAUCCACCCAAGAUACAGGAAAACCAUCCACAAUGCUGUUCCCUGCUUGAGGUUCUUGAUACGGGUGUCAGAUAACGACCUCCUGAGAGGCUCUUUGAAUGAGUCAUCGUUCAGGACCUCUCUCUCCAGCCAUCACUCUCUAGCUGGCAGGACCAAGAGCACUUGCAUUGCAUCAGUUUCCACUGGAGAAGCUGUCACUGACUACAGAGUGAUGCAACACGUGCCCAGCUGUGAUGACCUCACCAGCUGCAGAAUACCCAGGCUGUCCUUGCAGUACGAGACAUGGAGUGAUGUAGAGCUUGACACUGUGGAGCCAGCUCAUAGGAAGCUGCAGCCUCGCCGAAGCCGCUCGUUCUCAACAAGCUGGAGACAGGAGAAGAAAGAUCUGCUCCCAAAGACCUGCAGCUGCGAUGCAGAGAGGGCAGAAAAGGUUUCGCUCUCCUCCAGCUGCUUGGAGAAGGUGCUUGAGCAGCCAGUGGUACACAGCCUGCCAGAGACACUCGUGACCUGCUCCCUGAGGACAGCUUCUCUGCCUAUUGGGUUGAACAGCCACGGUGUCAGCAGAGGAGGAGACUCAGAUGCUUUGCAGAGGGUGCCUAAGGAAAGCCUCGCUCCCGGACUGCUGGGCUCCGUCGUCACCAGCGCAGUCCCUCGCAUUGUCAUCGUUCCUACCUCUGACACCAACCUCCUUCAGGAGGAGCUGAAAGAGGAAGAGACCCAAUUGCUCCACUUUCACAACAAAACCAGCAGUCUUCUGGACUUGGAAGGGCUUGGCUCAUCCAUGGAUUUCCGUGAUGUGAUUGAGAAAUUCCUGUCCUAAGUUUGCCACGAGAAGACUUUGCACUGAUUCUGUUCUUGGCAUCCUCUGCUUCCUUACAGCAAAUAACCAAAGCCUUGUAGGUGAGGCCAUCAGGAGUGUUUGUGUGCUCAGAUCAUAGUAUCACAGUAUCAUCAAACAAACUCACUGCCUGCAGAGGAGGACCAAAAGUA